AUGCUACGUUCAUUGUUGUCCCUGGGUCGGACCCCCGACUAUCUCUUCCCCAAGGUGGAGCCCGUGCAGGACGGUCCCGACUGCCUCAAAGACUGUGCCGACUGCACAACGCAUUUCCCAGACAAAGUGAAAAUUGAGACUUCAAGACCGUUGUAUGGCCAAAUCAAAGAAUUCCACUCCCAUGUCCUGGUCGCCACGGGGCGGUCCGAUUGGAAGGAGAAAGUCGAACAGGAAAAAGGGGAGUCUUAUGGAGGCAUUCGAUGGAUCCGCAUCAUGGUCUCGGCCUCGAAUAUUCAAUCUCCUAACCACUCAGGCGACAACUCAACCUCUACAACGGUUCUCAUUCUCCCAUCAUUCACUUUCGUCGACUCUGUGUCACAAACAGACGUUCCAGACUUGGUCAAUCGCUACAUAGACAAUCAAGACGAGAAAAUUGACAGCGCUAUUGUUUCACCAGAUGCAGGCAUGAAAGGCCGCCCCUGCGAAUUGGACUACGUGGUUCUUUUAUGUUCGCACCGACGGCGAGAUGCGCGCUGCGGAAUUACAGCGCCUCUUAUCAAGCGUGAGCUCGAGCGGCAUCUUCGUCCACUGGGUCUUGAUCGUGAUGCGGAUGAUUCACGGCCUGGCGGCGUGGGCAUUUUCUUUGUUUCGCACGUUGGUGGGCACAAGUUUUCUGCGAAUGUGCUUGUUUACCGGAAAAAGGAUCAACAGAUGAUUUGGCUUGCGCGUGUGAGGCCGGAACAUUGUGAGGGUCUGGUCAAGUAUACGAUCCUGCAAGGGAAGGUUGUACAUCCGGAGUCACAGUUGAGGGGUGGGUUUGACAGGGUGAGAGGGCUGACGAGCUGGUGA